GAAUUAGACUAAAACGUUUAUUUCAAUUUGAAAUAAGAUCCUAACAGUUUCCCACUGUUAGUUGUCUAACAGUGGGAAACAGCAGACAAACAAAUAGUUAUUUUUCUUUUAAAUAAUGUGGCAAAACCCCACCAAGGCUUCUGCUUUGUCCUUGUUUUUUAAUUCAUAACAUUGAGAAACGCGCAUUGAAAUCCUCACUUGCAGUCCUGCUAUUUGGCCACCAGGGGGAAGCACAAACAAGCUGUGAAAACAAAACAAGCUGGCAUAAGGUUUAUGAGAUAUAUAAGCGCAACUACAAUUAUUAUCUUUAUCUUUUGGCGAAUUUGGAGUGUUGCAUCCAGAGUUAUGAUUUAAAACAAACAAUAAAAAUCAGCAUCUACCUACAUUAGUGCAUCAGUGGUUAUCAGUGCAAUACUAUAAAAAUACCACACAUCAGUUCUAGUGAUGAGGUGAUUUAAUACUUUUAACACCUGGAGGUCAUCAAGUUCAGGACAUCAUGGUUAUACUCAUGGUUUCAACAGUCCAGGGAGAUUUCUCACCACUUACAAGAAGGACUAUGGACCCGUCAGGGAGCGCUACCCACAUCUGAACUCCAGAGAUGAGCCUCCUCCUUCUUCUGCCUUCAUGUCUUCAUUUGGCAUCCUCACACCUUCCAUUUCCGUGGCAAAUCAGGGCAUUGGCCCCGCCCUGGCGGUACACUGGACGCAGGAUGCAGGAGUUGCCAGGGGGACUGAGCUCUUCCUUGGUCAAGAGGAUGAAAGUCAGCAGCGCCGUGUUUGUGAUAGAUGUGGUGGAAAAGCAAACAUGUUGCAGCAGCAGGAGGCAAACGAUACCAAGACUGAGAUUGUCUACAAGGGAGGUGUGGUUGUGCUGUCUUCCACCGAUGGUCCGCCCAGCUGUAAUGAUUUUCUAAGAAAUCUACUGAGAGAAAGUGGACUGCAGCACCUGCUCAGCUCUCCUCAAGGCUGGUCUGCUGUUGACACAAACAAAGAUGACCAACACUGUGAUAAGAGUGCCUUCUUGUGGGGUUUGAGCGCCUCCUCCCUCCAGAACCCUUUAGCUCAGGGCAGCCGCUGUGCAAGGGGACCUGAGUGCUUUGAGCUGAAAACCAUCUGUCAGAGCAGCGCCCUGCCUCAGGCCCACGUACAGCCAGCAACUUACUGCACAGAGACUAGGAGGAAGCUGCCGCAAACAGAGUACCAGUUCAACUAUGGCUCUAAGAUACAGAGUGGCCAAAGGAAGCUCUGUACUCAGCAGGAUGCCUUCUCCGAUCGCCCACCUUGUCACUGGUCUACAGUCUGAAUCUUGACUCAAUACAGAUCGUUCAGAAAAAAA